AGACCGGGUAGUAGUCAGCUUUGCGCUAUUCGCGCCACAGUCGUCAGUACACGAUACUCUCCACUCCUGACUGGUUCGACUCUGUCUCACCCUCCUCUCCCCUCUCUCUCUUUCUCUGUUUCUCCCCCCUCUGCCCCUUGGGUUUUCGCCUGACGACGCUGCUCUCUCGGGCAUUUCGCCGGAAACCGACGCCGCGCGAGGACACGGAGUCUCGUUACGUGUUACACACGCCACCGCUCUAUAUCUUUUUCCACCGUUUUGUAAGCGGACACGCAGGCAUCUUGCCCAACACACACCUUCCACCAUGAGUACUAAGGAAAACAACGAGGUCGUUAUCGAGAAGGUGUCCGAGAACGACAAGGCUUCCGGGGACGCGAAGUGCGAGAUCAAAGGAAUCAAGAGGCCGGCCGAGGAGAAGAACGACGACACGAAGAAACAGAAGAAGGAGGAGAACGGCGACGGAGAAGUAGAAGAAGAGGAGAUUGAAGAAGAGGUCGAGGAAGAGGAAGAAGUCGACGGUGACGGCGAGGAAGAUGACGAAGACGACGACAUGCCGGAGGGCGAGGAAGAUUUAGAAGAGGGCGAAGACGAAGAAGAGGAUGAUGCAGAAGGUGAAGUAGAAGGAGAAGUAGAAGACGAGGAGGAAGACGCAUAAUGAAAACAGGGAAGGAAGUAUGUAAGUAAGAAGGGAGGUAGGCACAUGGUGUCGUCGUCGAUCUUCGGCAGUCUUCUCAGCAAACACUUACUCUCAUAUUGAGUGGUUGGUAGCAAUGUUGAAUAUAUCCAUCGUGCCCGAAACCCGUAUUGCUGGAACCUCCCAACCGUACGAAAGAAAAAUUACCACCUCACCGGAGUUGUGGUGGGCUGACACGCAUUAGAGGCAGCCGCAAAUUCUGUUGUCUUGGCUCUUCGCAAUUCUGGUCGUCUAGCCAUCACCAAAUGCUGUUAGGUAGUUUGGAACGGGAACCAUUGAUUCGUCAUUACGGAGUUUAAAAAUGAAACGCGUCGAUUCCGUUUUAAAUAUCACGUUCAAAGUACUCCAGGGGACGCGCGUAGCCGCCGCCCGUGCACGCCUCCUCUCGGUACCAAAUCGUACACACACAGACAGGGUUCCGAUAUGACGAAUCCAUUGUUUCGUCCAAACCACCUGCUAACUGGUAUUUGCCGUCAUCUGGCUUCUCUUCGCGGGACAGUUUUAUAACGGAAACUUAUUUAAGAUAUAAAAAGCUCUAUUGUAUUUAAAUAGUGUAAAAUGAACAUUUGUGGGUGAUGAUUUUUUUACAUUUGAAAUCAAAUUUACGUUUGUAGUUCGACGAAUGUCUCUCACCUUGUGCGCGUGAUUGAUUUUCCUUUAUCUCGACCUAUACGUGUAUUUGUAAUGAUAUUGCAGGAGCGCGAGCGAUUGAACAAAGUGGACAGAAAAGAAAGAAAGAAAUAAAUAAAACUAUAAAUGGAGCGGCGCCAUGAAAUUAUUGAAAAAUAAGAAAAUCAACAAUGCCGGAUCGACAUCUAUAUCGAUGUAUAUUAACGGAAGAAAAGAAUUUUUAAAAAAAAACAGUCUCGAACAUUCUAUCUCGUGCUCCUGUUUGAUCUAAAAACAGGAAUUAAGGUUAAUGCAACGCUCGCGCCAGGUAGUGUGGAUGAGUAAUGUGUGACUUUAACAUUGCAUAAUAAUUAUACAUAGCAUGUAUAAAGUUAUGAAAUAAGAAACAUUUUAUUAUUAACGAUAACAUUAUGUAACGUAAUGUAAUGUGGAGAGGUUGUUACACUUUAGGCUUGGAGCAUAGAGUAGGGAGAGCACAUUUUUAUUUGAUAUAUACUCUUGCGUGGAGAAUACUUUUCAUUUUUUUCGAGGAAGUACACUACUGAUGUUUCCGAUUUGAUUAUAUGAGUUCAUAUAUAUUACAAGAUUUUGCCGUGCGGUGCAAAGCAUUUAUAAAAAUGAAAGG